UUGAUUGUUAACUUAAUUGCUGCCAUGUUUCUGUCACUGUUUUGCUUAUGAUCAACCCUCCCUCCCCCUUUUCAGGACACCCUAGAGUGGAGGAAUUUGUUUCACAUCUUGCUUGCUGCCACUGGAUAUACCCCUUCUUGAGUUUCUUGGGACUGCGACACGGUAAAUUGCACUGCCCAGACAAUGUGGUUGAACGAAGGCUUACAAUGCGCCGUGGAAACGGGAUUCAAUUACUCUAACCAGUGCGAUAACACCCAGGAACAACAGCAGAAGACCCUGCAGAACCACUGUACUAUAACAAUUACAUCCUCUGACAACAGUUGUAAGAACUCCCCUUUUUCAACAGCCAUCUUGGGCAUUGCAUGGGUCUUUCUUACCAGUGGAGUCCUGCUCAGUUUCUUCUUUCUCAUCUUCACAAUUCACUUCAGAAAGAACAGGAUUGUGAAAAUGUCCAGUCCUAACCUGAACAUAGUGACCCUGCUGGGCAGUGGCAUGACCUACAGUAGCGCUUACCUCUUUGGAGUUGAAAAACAUAAUUCAUUGACCAGGCCAUCCAUGGAGAUGCUUGUUCAGGUGAGAAUCAGCUUGUUGUGUAUUGGGGUCUCUCUGGCUUUUGGCCCCAUUCUAGGGAAAAGCUGGCGGUUGUAUAAAGUGUUCAGUCAGCAAGUUCCAGACAAGAGAGUGAUUAUCAAAGAUUUCCAGCUGCUGGUGAUGGUGUCUGUGUUAGUGCUGGCCGACAUUAUCCUGCUCUUGAUAUGGAUGUUCGUGGAUCCAGUCCAGUGUCUCCAAAGUCUCAAUGCAGAUCUGAAGGUGACAGAGAGAGGUUUGACUUGCACAGUGAGCCAAGGGUACUUCUGCACAUCAAUGUACUCUGAUCUUUGGCUUCUUCUCUUUCUGGGAUUUAAGGGCAUCCUGUUGAUCUAUGGGGCCUACCUUGCUGGUCUGACAGAUGAUCUCAGCUGUUCACCUGUCAAUCAGUCCCUGACCCUCAUCAUUGGGAUAGCCAUUAUUUUCCUCUCAACGGGUGUUAUGCUCGUGGUGAAUCGUUUUUUCCACUUGUGGCACAACCUGGUCUUUGGAUUUACCUCAGGAGGAAUCUUUGUCUGCACAUCUACAAUCAAUUGUUUAAUCUUUAUUCCACAGGUCAGAAAAUGGAAGGCUUUUGAAAAACAGAAAGAUGACGUCAACAAUAUGGCCAAGUAUUUUACCAGCUCAAGCAAGAACUUCCACUCUACCAUGUACAGCGAUGAAGAGAUCUACCAGCUGCUAGGGGAAAAGAAUUCCAUGCUGCAGCAGCUUGUAGAGAAAGAUACAGCAAUUGCGACUCUUCAAGAGCAAGUGAAUAAUGCUAAGAAGAAGCUGAUGAGACUUGUGACUGCAGAGGAAAAAUACAAUGCAAUUGACUCUCCAUUUCCUUCUUCUUCCUACUCUGCAGCCAAUUGUUCUUAUGCAGCAGUUGAAAACCCAAUGAGUUAUCCUUUUUCACCUGGUCAGGUGCAAAACUCAAGGCAGCAUCCUAGGAUCUCACAUUCACAGUGCAAACCAGGAUUGCUUAGUAAAAAAGAUUCCACUGAUGAUCUGGAAUGCACAAAUCAACACCAGCAGAAUAUACUGCCAGAAAUUACUGUUGGGUACAGACCUCUGAAUGGAUGCAAGAAUGUCGCUGGUCAUUCAAGUGACCAAGAUCAAUGGUUCACCCAAUAUACCACCACACUUAGUAUGGGUACCCUACAGGACCCACUCGGGCAGAGUUUUUCCACACCGAGGGAGGAAGCAAAGCAGCCAUGUAUGCCUCAGAGGCAGCUCCCAGGCAUCAGCUACGUGAGCAGCGAAAAGCUUCAGGAAAUAUUGCAAGAGCUAAGUAUGAACCACGUUGCUAUUGCCCAGAUAUCUCCCAGGGGGCCCGAGCAAAGUGUAGAUUGCAACAUGUGCACAUUAUGGGAGCCAGAGGAGAUCCAGGCAGGAGAGUCUAUGAAGCUUAGUCCUCAUAAGUCAAGACAGGGGAUGAAAACCCCCAACUCCAUGGCUCCUGAUACUUGGCAUAUUGUGGACAAGGCAACCAGCAGAAGGCAAAGAAGUUUCAGUGGAUUAACAGAAUUUCAUCAGGCUGCAGUGGGAGACGCUGAGGACAGAUGUUCUCUGCAUCAGCCACCCUCUUUGUCAUCACCAGUGGUGAAGAAAAUGCUUAACUACAAGGCUGAAAACUGGCCCAAGCAUUCAAGCAACGAUGGGUGUGGCUGGCUCUUAGACAAAUGCCAAGGGAAGAAUUGCGUGUCCACUCUUUAUCUUAGCAGAUCCAGGAAUCUCCGUCAUCAUCAGAAUUUUCUGACUCACACAGUGCUCGGCCCCGUCCCUUCUCAGCACUUUUAUCCCGAUUCUGAUUCUGGCAGCAGUUCCUCUCGGAGGGUAACCCAUUGCCACCACAGGCAGCGCUGUGAAGUUUGCCACUGCAGCCUAUCUUCCUCUAGUGAUAGCUACAUCACUGAUACAGAUCCCGAGCUUGGUGCGGCCCUGGACUCCUGUGCAAAGCUUUAUGGCAAGCGCCAACCAGUUGUGAACUUCAUUGAGGAUUUGGAGCCCACCUACGUGUAGGAGUUGUCAAGUCAAGAGCC